AUGGCUGUUGCACACCACUGCCUCUCCUUGUUGCUUCUGUCCACCUGGGUGGCUCUGCUGCUGCAGCCCUUACAGGGUGCCUGGGGAGCCCCACUGGAGCCAAUGUACCCAGGGGACAAUGCUACGCCAGAGCAGAUGGCCCAGUAUGCAACUGAGCUCCGCAGAUACAUCAACACGCUGACCAGACCUAGGUAUGGGAAGAGAGAUAAAGAGGACACAUUGGACUUCCUAGAGUGGAACUCCCCUCAUGCAGCAGCCCUCUGGGAUUCCAACCCGACGGACUUGUAG